GGGUUCCUUCGAACCCACCCAGGCGCUGGGUUCGCUUGGGUUUGUCGCCUGGACCUGGGUUCGUCGAACCCAGGGCUGGGUUCGACGAACUUGGUGCUGGUUCGACGAACCCAGGGCUGGGUUCGACGAACUUGGUGCUGGUUCGACGAACCCAGGCGAUCUGGGUUUGGCCUGGGUUCAACGGACCUAAAUCGCCUGGGUUCGACGAACCCAUGCGUUGGGUUCGUUGAACCCAGCUAGAACCUCACUUGCAGAGGGCUCUUGGGCUUGACCUCCUCUAUAAAUAGGAGUGGCCUUAGUAGAGGAGAUCAGCUGGAGAGUUGGAGAGUGAGUGAGCUGCUAGGUGAGAGUGAGUGCAGAGAGGGGCUUUGUACUCAAGCUCUUGUACACUCCCUUGCGAUUUAAUAAAUUCUCUUCUUCUCCCAACUUCCUACCUUCUUGUUUCUGUUGCUAACCUCAAGCCCAGUUAAGGGGCCACGCCAGUGUUGGGAAGGCUGACUUGGUUCGGGUUUAAUGGGGUUAAUUCCGAGCUAAGUGCCACACGAGGUCGAGCUAGAUUCCGCCUCCGAGGCAAGGGCCAUCGGAGCUAGUCUGACCCCGUGACAGAUGGUAUCAGAGCCAGCUCAAGCUACAUCAGAGCCUGGUUCGGAGUUGCACCAGAGCACAGUUCGAAGCUGCACCAGAGGGCGGUUGGAAGCUUGCUGCAGACGUGGGGAAUUCGUGACAAUGGCAAGCAAAGGCGUGGAGGCAAGCAACGUUCUGGAGGAGGAACGAGUUCGAUGGGAGACGCGUGGGGACGCGAGAUUGAAGAGGAGAUCGAGGGCAGUGUCACCAGCGUCACUGGACGUCGAAACAGCCUUUGAGGGAAGGCUGGCCGACAGGGGGUUGGCAACGGGGGACAUCCAGGAGCAGCACGACACUCUUAACUUUGAGGAGGAACGGGGUGGCACGGGGCACUUGGCGAGCAGCAGUGGGCGAGACAAGCCACGCAGAACCUCCAGUCCAUGCGGGGGCAUGGAAACCUCCAGAGAUGGCAGCGAUGAGCGACCCAAGAGGAAGCACGGGUACUUCUUGUGUGGAGGGCCACACUGGACGAGGGAAUGUCCACGGAGGGACGCGCUCAGUGCCAUCGCCAGGGCUGGUGAGGAGUCCAGCCACACGGGAGAGGACAGCCACAUGGAGAAGUCCGAGCCUGGGGAGGCAGAGGACGUGGCACCAAUCUCACCCAACCAGCGGCAGAGGCCAAGGGGCAAUGUCGCCAAGCCUGAGGAGUCCAGCCACAAGGGAGAACCCAAGCCUAAGGAGGCUAGGGACGUGGCACAGGACGCGGGCGAACCACGGCAGCAGCAAGACGUGGAUGCGCCAGAGACUUGCGGCAGCUUACGAGAGGGAUCGAGGCACUCGACGCUAGGUGCCUUGACGAGGGCGUCAAGGGCUUUGGUGGGGGAGAGUGUCACGGCACGCGAGUUCGGCGGCUGAAGUCGAGGGCAUCGUGGCACGGAGCUGCAGCCAAGGGCACACAGGGGGUGUGUCCAGCGUC